AUGGUUUCAGUAGCGGCGGCUCCACCCUCAUUCGACACUGCUACGAUCACUCGUUUGAUUCGAGGCCUCGAUUCUGAAGAAACUCGAGAGCAGUCUCUUGACCUUCUGUGUAAGGUAUGUGAUCCAAUAACACAUUUGAAAGAGUUUGAACUUGUAUAUAAGAUUAUUCAGGUAAUAACUUCAGCUUACCGUCCAUUAUUAUCCGAUAGCCUUAAAGAACGAGCGGUAACACAAGUUUGCAAUGCCAUGGCGCUUCUCCAGUCUGUAGAUUCUCACCCUGAAACAAAGAUGCCAUUCAUUAGAGCUACUAUGCCAGUGUAUCUUUAUCCCUUCUUGAACACUAUGAGCGGUGAAAGGAACUAUGAAUGUCUAAGGCUCACUAGCUUAGGUGUCAUUGGCUCGCUAGCAAAGGUUGAUGAUCCAGAAGUGGUUGAAUACCUUCUUUCUACCCAAAUAUUUCCUAGUUGCCUACGCUGCAUGGAGUUUGGCAGAACGUUGUCAAAAACAACACUACAGGUUGCCAAUCUUACUGAAUGUGGAAGGUCUCAAGUACUGUUUCACACUUGCGGAGCGAUAUCUUUGGGUAAGCCAAUGUUUGGCAAAAUUAGUGGAGAGACUUGGUGA